AGUGUACGGGAGCACUUAGUGUUAUUAAAGAUAAUAAUUAAAUUGUACUCGGACGUGUGAUGACGCUAUACAAGAUAUCUUUAAAAUGUCAGAUGGGACGCUAAGUAAGAAACUGAGCGAUAUGUUUGUAAAUAAACCUGCGUUUAUUUACGAAGAUGACAAGUGUAUGGUAUUUGAAGAAGAAUUUAAACGACAAGCUCCCAUUCACUUUCUGGUUGUUCCAAAACGGAUGAAAUUAAAAUUAUUAGGCGCUUCAAGUGAUGAUAAAAUAUUAUUAGGACAUUUGAUAUUAGUAGCAAGAAGAGUAGCGCAAGAUAAGGGAUUACUAAAAGAUGGUUUUCAUGUAAUGGUUGAUGAAGAUUCAAAAACGUCGAGACUUAAAUGUUUACAUGUUUUCGGAAGGGCUCUACAACAUAUGAUGUGGCCAGUCGGACCUGAGAGCAGACUUUAAUGAAAAUUGUGAUUUUUGUGUUUCUUAUAACAGAACUGAUCUAUUAUGAUUUCAUGACUGUAUUAUGAUUUAAAAUUUUAAAUAUAUAAUGGAAAAGAAA